AUGUACCAGAUAUUGCGAGGAUUGAAGUAUCUGCAUUCGGUUGGAAUAGUGCAUCGUGAUUUAAAACCAUCGAACUUACUUGUCAACAGUGAUUGCUUAUUGAAAAUCGGUGAUUUCGGCAUGGCUCGACUUGUUGAACAGUGCGUCCAGACAAGUGGCAAUUUUAUGACUGUAAGUUAUCCUACCGUAGGCAAAUUUCAAUUUAAAUAUACUAACCAUUUAAUAAGUUACAACAUUUUCUGA